AGAAGAGGGGGGAAAAGUGCUAACAAAAAAAGGCUAGCCUAAGGGGAAAACACAACCCGCUUUUUUUUUUCCCUUGACGUGACCACCAACCUUCACCACUUGUCUCGCAUUCCUUCCAUCGAGAAUUGACAUCGAGGGAACAAUAUUGAGAUUCAACCUAGUGCUUUUUCUCGUUCGUUUACCUAGCAUUCAAUUCCAAUCAACUGGUUUCCCUAAAAAUGUCUGCGAACAACGUCCCGGCGGCUGAGAAUGCCCCUCCCUCCUCCGUCACCGAUGCUGUCUUGGUCGCGUCCGAGCCUGUUCCAGAAGGCACACACAAAGUGAGCGGAGUGGACUUUGAUCUUUACAAGGACCGAGACAUCACCGUUGCCGAAUUGGUCGACAACAUGAGAUACACGGGUUUCCAAGGUAGUGCGGUCGCAGACGCUGCCCGCAUUAUCAACAACAUGAAAGCUUACCGUCAUCCCGAAACCGGUGCCAAAACGACCAUCUUCCUCGGGUACACUUCCAACUUAAUCUCCUCCGGCCUCCGCGACACCAUCCGCUACCUCGUCAAAAACAGCCAUGUUUCCGCCAUUGUCACCACCGCUGGCGGUGUGGAAGAAGAUUUGAUCAAGUGCUUGGCUCCAACCUACAUGGGCUCCUUCAGCACACCCGGCGCGGGAUUGCGGGCGAAGGGUUUGAAUCGUAUCGGCAAUUUGAUUGUCCCCAAUAGCAAUUACUGUGCCUUUGAGGAUUGGUUGGUCCCGAUUUUGGAUAAGAUGCUAGAGGAGCAGGAGGCCGCGAAGAAAAAGGCGCUGGAAACGGGGGACGAGGAGGACGAACUGCACUGGACCCCGAGUCGCAUCACCGAACGCCUGGGCCGUGAAAUCAACAAUGAGGACUCGGUGCUGUAUUGGGCCGCACGCAACAAUAUCCCCGUCUUCUGCCCGGCCCUGACGGACGGCUCCCUUGGAGACAUGCUCUACUUCCACACUUUCAAAUCUUCCCCGCAACGGUUGCGCGUUGAUAUUGUCGACGAUGUGCGCCGGAUCAAUACCAUGGCUGUUCGUGCUGCUCGAGCGGGAAUGAUCAUCCUCGGAGGUGGGGUCAUUAAACACCAUAUUGCGAAUGCCUGUCUGAUGCGGAACGGUGCGGAGCAUGCGGUCUACGUGAAUACUGGUCAGGAGUUCGAUGGAAGCGAUGCCGGGGCGCGACCGGAUGAGGCCGUCAGCUGGGGCAAGAUCAAAGCUGACGGUGAGUCGGUGAAGGUGUAUGCGGAAGCCACAGUGGUCUUCCCACUCAUUGUGGCCGCUUCGUUUGCGAGAUCAGAUGCAGGAGCACCGGAUGCUUCCCAGUCCAAGAAUUGAUCAUGGCCACUGCGUAGAUAUCGGCAGACAUCUAGCGAGAUGGCCGUUGCAUGAUUCGUUUCCAGCUUCUGUACUU